UUUUGUUAAUUCUAGACCUCUCGACGAGUUCGCGAUGUGGGUGGUGGCAGCUUCGCGAGCCGACGCGGUCAUGCCAACCAACUCUCCAUAUCUGAUACAAGCCACCACAUCACCGAGACUAUCGGCACUAUGUAUGGUGACGACGAUGAUUAUCAGACCAGUGACUCGCGGCCCUUGAGUUUCAUCGCGGCGCCCCGUGGCGGAGAACAGCUUUCUGAUCGCCGUGAACUCGAGUUGUCACCUGCCGAAGAGCACCGACUCAGGCUCGUACGCUCCACUUCAAGUGAGACUGGCUCUUUGCAAGGAAACUCGUCCAACAGGUCCCAGGCGCAGCCGACGCAGAGCCAGAACCGGGGGAAUCUGUCAAGAACCAACUCGAACGGAAGCCCAACGAGCCCCGUAUCUUCAAGUGGACCUAUGUCACCGACGUUACGUGAUAUGCGCGAUAGUUCUGAUUCAUUUCCCCUCACGAACAUAGAUAAUCCGAAUGAUAUUGCGCAGGAAUUGAGUAAUCUUCAAGCAUUACGCAGGCUAUCUAUGGAUGUCUCGAACAAUAGUGAUCCGGAUUUGCUUCCCUUUCAAGGAAUGUCAUUGGUGGCCAUGCCUUCUAUUGCGCCAAAGGGAGACGAUGAUGCUGACCCUUCAAGGCUUUUAUGGGUUCCCGCAGGAGUACAUCCAGAGCUGGCGCCAAGCGAAUUCAAAAGUUUUGUUGAGAAACGAGUUCAAUCUAUGAAGAGACGAUCUAGCGAAAAUUCUCUUUCUCCAGAUGGCCUGGAAAGGAAUGAUUCUAGCAGCUUAAGGAGGAAGAAAUCGAUGUUAUCGAGACAAGUUGCGAAUGGCAGCGGCUAUGGUGUCGACGGGUACGUGGAUGGUGCCGAGAGAUUGGAGAGAAAGCGGUCGCAGCAGGGGCAAUCCGAGCACAGCGUGCCAGAGUUAAGCCUUGACGAACUCAUGAAAGACCCGAGUAAGGCUGUCCGGAAGCUUACUCUUGAGUCACAAGGCGGCGAUAGUUCAGCUAAUGCCGAUGAUAUGCCUAUUUUGCCUGUGGCGCCAGGCGCCGGUCUUCGUCGGUCAACACGUACGACAUAUAGAAAAGGCGGGAGCUUAAGAAAUAGGCAGGGAUCUCUCAAAAACGGCGAGCGUCUGCCCUUUUCGCAGCGCAUGGCCGCCAAAAAGGGCGAGGGUAUCGAGGCCAGCGUUGCCAGCGUGGCCAACCCGGAAUCAUUUAUAGAUGCUCCUCCAGGUCACGGCUUGGUGCGAGUACAGUCAGAACCAAUACUUGAAAAUUUCUCACGGCCUUCCAAAUCUGUUCGAAGACAACAUCCGUUUGGUCAGGAUUUGAUAACUACACAUGAACAAAAUGUGUCCAGCAAUAUCCAAGAACAAGGCCAGUCCCGACCCGUCACGUCGGGAUCCAACCGCAUUCCUUCCGACAAUGAUCGCUCUCAAACAUCAACCCCUCAAAUUCUGGAGACGCCACCUGCUGAAGAAGAGGCACCGUCGAGAAGCUACGAUGCGAAUAGGCCAUUUCCCGAACGGUCUUCUUCACAACGCAGCGCGAUCCAGAGUAAACCUCAACAAGCAUCUGGGGUACCAUCUGAGCCUCCUUCCCGUUCUAAUAAACGACCAAAUUAUGAUCAAAUAAAGCAGAUUUCAUCGCAACAGCAAUUAACUCAUGCAAGCACACAACCUCAAAGGUCGCCCACUGCACCUAGCCAGAAUUUCGAUGAUGCAGCUCAGACCUCUCCAUCUCUAGCACCUGGCAGUGCAUCUAGAACAGAUACUCUUACUUUUAUACCCACCUUCUCUUCGCCUGAAGAGAAGAAACCCGAAAAACGAAACAAGAAGGAUGGCUCAGAGGGCGGAUUAUCCAAAAGUUCGUCAUGGAAAUGGUUCAAGAGUGACGAUAAAGAAAAAAGGAAGAAAGAAGACGAGACCAGAAAGUCCAAAACCAAAGCUUUCGCUGAAAAGGCGCAUGAUAAUGUCCGACUAGAUGUCCUACAGAACUCUAUUGAUACUGCGUUGCACAAAGGACGAGAGAGCCUACUACUUGACCGUGACAGCAUAGACAGCAAGUUAGAGGAGGAAAGACGAAAAGAGAAUAGUCGAAAAUCUGGAGACCAGAAAAAAGAGAAGGAUGGUCUGUUUUCGUCUCUCUUCAGCAGUAGCAAAAAGAAGGGCGACAGAGAUUCUGGCAGCAGGAAGUCUCACUUACAGCGACCGUUGUCACCAGAACCGCUCCCCUACCGACCUCUGCGGCCUGAUGUUGACUACCACUGGACCAGGUUUCCGAUCCUCGAAGAGAGAGCCAUCUACCGGAUGGCACAUCUCAAGCUCGCGAAUCCCAGGCGCGCACUAUACAGCCAAGUUCUGCUUAGUAACUUUAUGUAUGCCUACCUCGCGAAAGUCCAAGCUAUGCACCCUCAGAUCCAAGUUCCACAGUCGCCCCAACAAAAGAGACUUCAAGAAGAAGAGAGGAAACGAAGAGAACAGGAGCAGCAGUACUUGGAGCAACAGCAUGCUCAAGAUAGUAUUGAUCGCUAUAAUUUUGAGUAUCACCGAUCAGCAAACCAAUACUCAGAUCCAAGCAUGCAGCACGAUGUGGGCGAUUAUCCUGAAGCUGCUGAGAUCUAUGACUACGAUCAUGGCAAGGAUGACAUUCAAGAUGGAGGCUAUGGAGAUGACUAUGGUGGCGCCAAGGACUAUUACUCAUACGGUAAUCAGAAUGGGCAGCGGCAUGACAAGGAAGAGGAGAUGUGGUAAUAUUGACAGUAUUCGAUGGAGACACGAGUUUAACGACAGCGCCUUCUUGCUUGUAUACCUGGCCUGGCCAGUGCAUCUACGGGAGUUAUGGGGGAAACAACGCCUUUUGG